AUGAUGACUAUGAAAUUAAUGUACUAUGAUGAAGUUACACCACCAGAUUAUGAACCACCGGGAUUUAAAGCAGCAGAUUCAGAUGGUUUUCUUUUUGAUGAUGAACCUAUGAAUAUUAAAGUUGGAGAUGUAUCAACAAGUAAAGAUGAGAAUAAAGACUGAUGGUAAACAAUUUGAAAUGAAAGAAGAAGAGGAUACGACAUCAAAUAAAGCAGAAAUAAAUGACACUGGAUUGGAGGAAGUUGCUACGGAAGCAGAUUCACAGAUGGAUUUUGUACAGUCCAAUAAAAAGGAAGAAGAAAGCCGUUUUGAAGUAAAACAACAUCAGAUCCAAGAUACCAAAGAAGCAGAUGUUGACAUACCUGAAGAAAGUCCAGCAAAACCAGAAGGUAAAAGACAAGAAAAGAUAGAAGAAGCUGCUCUAUCAGAAAGAAGUGAGGGUCAAGAUGAAUUUGGUGUUCGAUGUCCAUGUGGCUGCAAUGAAGAUGAUGGUUUGAUGAUUUUAUGUGCUGCUUGUAAAUUCUGGCAGCAUGGUGUCUGUUUUCAAAUAUUGGAUGAAGAUGUUGCACCAGCAGAACAUAUUUGUGAUGUCUGUGCCCAGCCUGGUGUUACUGGUAAAGAACCAACUGAUCAUAGUCUGGUGGGAAUGACCCCAAUAACAGUGCAGGCAACAUGUCUAUGGCGAAGAGCAUUGUUGGCAUCUUUGGAAUUAAACAGGGUACUGGCUUCCCAUUUAGCAAGACGACUGGGUGUAGAGGCUACAGUUGCACAAGGUUUAAUCAACAGACUGGAAAAAGAGGGUUUUGUCAGAAAUGCUGGAAAGGGAAAAAGGUUAGGAAAAUUGGUGGAAAAGUCAAAAAUACGAAAUGAAGGCUUACUGAAAUAUCUUAGUAGGAAACUCAACCCUUCAAAAAUUGGUAGGGAUAUGGACACAAACGAUACUCAGGUGACUGAUUCACAGAGGAGCCAGAAACAACCUGUUCAUAAUUCAAGAAAUACUCAACAAGAUGUUGAUAGUUUAGUAGCCCAGACAGAGAGUAUUAAUAUCAGUGGUAAAAAAAAUAAAAGUAGUGAAAGAAAUAAGAAGACUAGUACGAAUAUGGAAGGUAUUGAAUCAAGUCAGAAUAACAGUAGUGGAAUAGGAAAGAAAAGGGUACAUUCUAAAGUUAAUGAGGCCCAAGAUUUUGAAAUCUGUACAAGUCAAGAUCAAGAUAAUUUUGAACCAACACAUCGUCGUAGAAGAAAAUCUAGCAUUGUUACAAAAGCUAUCAUGGUUUAAUUUAGAACCAAUAAAUUAUUAAUUGUUCAGACAAAUGUUAUAUUAUUUUAAUUGGGUAUACAAAUUUACAUGUUAUUUCUUGUACAUUAAUUCAAUAUUUAUUAGAGACUUUUGGCAAGCGUAAAUUCCUGGUCUGUAUCCGUAUCGAUUUUGCGUGUGAUGUCGUAUCGAACAGCUUUCAUACAGUAAAGGUCACUUCAUUGUCCUUCUACAGUCUUUUUUGCUACUUUUAGAUGCUGAAAUGUUGUACCAUAGAGUUUUUAUGAAUCUAUUUGUAUCAUAGAACACAAAGGUGUAUAUUUGAUGUGAUUUAACCAUGAUAAAGGCUGGACUUUAUUCAUUAUUUUUGAGGAGUUUUUCUCGAAAUUAUCUGCAUGCUGGUUGAUCUACAUGCUAAAUUUAGGGAGGUAAAAGGGUAUAAACUUUCUAAAAUGAUACAUUAGUGAAACCAAAAAUUGCUGUCGAGUCGAGGUCAAAGAUUCUUAAUAAGAUUCAACAUUAAUUUUUUUUUUAAUAGCUCAGCGACUGUCGAGUGACUUUACUCCCUCCAGGAAUUUGUAGGCUAGGCACUUGACUAGUACUGAUGGUAAUCUUGGUAGAUAACUGCUAUCUGUAAUAGAACUAAGCUCAGCUCAGCUACUCAUACGUACGCGGAAUGAAAAUCUACCUAAACUCUAUAACUACAUUGACGCAACAUACCACGUAUCUGUAUCUUAUACGUGAUACGAAUGGGAAAAAUUCUGGUUGCCAAAAGUCUCUAUUAUGUCCAUUUGGAAGUGUGUUUAAAGAUUCAUCUAUUUAAUUCAUGAACAUAUAAAUAUGAUGCAAUUAUGUUCCCUGUACUUGUUGUUUAUUCACUGUUAUGUUAUAGAAUAUAUUAAUACAUCAUCCUGCUAAUUUAUCACAACAAACAUAUAAAUAUGAUGCAAUUAUGUUCACUGUACUUGUUAUUUAU